GGAUUUCCCUAGCCACCCGGAGUGGAGCGGUGGGGUUGGGCAAUAAACAGGCUGUGGCUAGGGAGGAGGGGUGGGGGCAUUCGUUCCGUUGGGACUUUUCACGCCCCCUUAUUUCUUUAGGUGUGGUUAGGUUCAGACGCGGGGUCCUGGCAGAGGCUUGAGCCUACUGUCUUGUGAAAGGGGAAAGAAGCUCCCGAGGAGAGCGGUCGAAGUUGCGGAGAGGGUGCGAGACGGGAGUUCUCCCCUAUGCCAGCCAAAUGGUGCGGCCCUGAGCUGUUUCACGACCCGGCCCGACGUGUCUGAGAGAGGCCCCGGAGGGGGCAGGGAGGCGGCCCGCAGAACGCGGGUUCUGGGAAGAGACGUGGAGAAAAUUCGAUUCGGAGAAGAGGAAGAGCUCGAUUGAAAGAGAGCGAGGCCGCUGAGGGGGAGGGGGCUGCCAAGAUGGCGUCGGCCUCCUCUGGGCCGUCGGCGGCCGGGGUUUCAUCCUUGGAUCCCGCGAUCCCUUUCGGCGCCUCGUCCUCAGCAUCAGGAAUCAAGAGAUCCAUGGCGUCUGAGGUGCCUUAUGCCUCUGGCAUGCCCAUCAAGAAAAUAGGCCACCGAGGUGUUGAUUCCUCAGGAGAGACGACGUAUAAAAAGACAACCUCAUCUGCCUUGAAAGGUGCCAUCCAGUUAGGAAUUACUCACACUGUGGGAAGCCUGAGUACCAAACCAGAGCGUGAUGUCCUCAUGCAAGACUUCUAUGUGGUGGAAAGUAUCUUCUUCCCCAGUGAAGGGAGCAACUUGACCCCUGCUCAUCACUACAAUGACUUUCGAUUCAAGACCUAUGCACCUGUUGCCUUCCGUUACUUUCGGGAGUUAUUUGGUAUCCGGCCUGAUGAUUACUUGUAUUCCCUCUGCAGUGAGCCACUGAUUGAACUCUGCAACUCUGGGGCUAGCGGUUCCCUCUUCUACGUGUCCAGCGACGAUGAAUUCAUCAUUAAAACGGUCCAGCACAAAGAGGCAGAGUUUCUGCAGAAGCUGCUUCCAGGAUACUACAUGAACCUCAACCAGAAUCCUCGAACUUUGCUGCCUAAAUUCUAUGGGCUGUACUGUGUGCAGGCAGGUGGUAAGAACAUUCGAAUUGUGGUGAUGAACAAUCUCUUACCACGGUCGGUCAAGAUGCACAUCAAAUAUGACCUCAAGGGUUCUACCUACAAACGGCGGGCUUCCCAAAAAGAGCGAGAGAAGCCUCUCCCCACCUUUAAAGACCUGGACUUCUUACAAGACAUUCCAGAUGGUCUUUUUUUGGAUGCUGACAUGUACAACGCUCUAUGUAAGACCCUACAGCGUGACUGUUUGGUGCUGCAGAGCUUCAAGAUAAUGGACUAUAGCCUCUUGAUGUCGAUCCAUAACAUAGAUCAUGCUCAACGAGAGCCCUUAGGCAGUGAAGCACAAUCCUCAGCUGACACUCGCAGACCAGCCCCCCAAAAGGCUCUUUAUUCCACAGCUAUGGAAUCUAUCCAGGGCGAGGCUCGGCGAGGUGGCACCAUGGAGACUGAUGACCAUAUGGGUGGCAUCCCUGCCCGCAAUAGUAAAGGGGAAAGGCUGCUGCUUUAUAUUGGGAUCAUUGACAUUCUCCAGUCUUACAGGUUUGUUAAGAAGUUGGAGCACUCUUGGAAAGCCCUGGUACAUGAUGGGGACACCGUAUCGGUGCAUCGCCCAGGCUUCUAUGCUGAACGGUUCCAGCGCUUCAUGUGCAGCACGGUGUUCAAGAAGAUACCCCUGAAGCCCUCUCCUUCCAAAAAGUUUCGGUCUGGCUCAUCUUUCUCUCGGCGAGCAGGCCCCAGCGGCAACUCCUGCAUUACUUACCAGACAUCGGUCUCUGGGGAGCACAAGGCACAAGUGACAACCAAGGCGGAAGUGGAGCCAGGCGUCCACUUCGGUCGUCCUGAUGUUUUACCUCAGACUCCACCUUUGGAGAAAGUCAGUGAGGUCUCGACUAUUCCUGACCCCUAUUUCUCACCUGUAGUUGGAGAGACUUUGCAAAUGCAAACUACAAGUUCAACCCUCUUGGAAAAGCCUGAAGUUGCAGAGUCAGAGUUCACCCAUUGAGCAAAAAAACUCAGAAGACCUGGAACAAGAUUCUACCAGCUUAGUGAUCCCAAGAAGCCAGCCCUUGCCCCAGCAAUGCUGAGUUUUCUUCUUCGUGGUCAUCACAAAAGGAGUGUAAUGGAGGCGAGGGGAGCUCUCGGUUUCCUUUCUGAAGAACCUCUUCUCCUUCCCCUUCCUGACGAAUGGGCAUUGGUGCCUCAGACAGUUGAGGACAGCAGCAUCUUCUCCACUUCUGAGUUAGUGGGCACGAGUUUUCAACUGACCAGCCUUGGUUUCCACAAUGGAAUUGUUUUCAAGCCCCCAUUCUUCCUGCUGGAAGUGGGGUUGCUGGACUUGGUGGUUUUCUUCCUCUUCACCUACCUUUCACUGGGAGCUGGACUCUUAACUUCCUCAGGACAGACUGGCUGGCACAUUAUCUCCGCCUUCAUGCUUUCUCUGGAAGAAGACCCUUGUAAUCUUUGUAAAGGUUUUGGGGAGUCAGGGUGUUAAGCCAACUCCCACCUUCCUUUUUUUUCCUUAAAAAAAGGAAAAGAAAAACUAGCACACAGCCCACAAUUUGAAGCCAGACAGUGUCAGAUCAAAACUGUAUCAGUGUUGGGAGAGAUGCCUGUUUGUGGGGUUCCCUCAGAAGAGCCCCCUGGUGUUUGAGAAAUGGAACUAAGGAGCUGCUUUGCCAGAAGCAGCUCCUCUUUAACAACUCCUCUCUUGAUGAAUUUCUUAAGGCUGAAGGAAUGGAGAGAGUGGGACAUGGGGUAAUCUUUACCCCUUUUGUUGAACAGUAGAGCAGUCAUGGGACCAGAAGAUCAGAGCCCUUGCUAGGCAGGACCCGGCUUACUGCCAGGCCAUCACAAUUAUUACUGUUUUGCAAUUGGAAAUGUAUUCUGCUUGUUUUUCUAAAUAUGAAGACUUAAUCAAAUGAAUUUGGAUCCUUCUCAAAAGGAGGUUUAUUCCUUGCUCUUCCCACCUUUUCCGACAGCGUUGGAAGGAGGAGCUGAGGUGCAGAAGGGACACCUGUGUCCGUUUAACAGGCAGUCUGUAUCUAUGAGGCUAGAGAAUAUUCGCUUAGACGCACGGGGAGCCAGCAGAUUCUUGCCUAGGUGAGGUCAUUGCUGCAGAGAACUCAGAAAUGGGAGCUGUGUAAUCCACCUGUACCCCAUCUCCCAAGAGUUGCGGUUCCCCACCUGAUCCUCCUUCUCCUGUCUGGGGACUAAGGAGGCAUCUCAGGCAGAUUAUUGAAUACUGUCCUGUCUCCAUCCUGCCCGACCUUGAUAGUAGGUUAGCCCGUCCCCCAAGUAACUGUCUAUAUUAGACACCCCCAGCCAGUUUCUGGCUGCCUGUCUUUGCUGCCAUGUUCUUUUUUACAAGAAGGAAAGAAACAAUUCUUGCUAUUUUUUUUUUCAUAAUUUACUAUUUAUGAUGUAUUUAAGUGUUUUAUUCAGGACAGAGUUCUGUAGGGAGUGGGAGGGAAUAUUUGAGGGAGGCUGGGUCUUAGGGAAGGGAAUGGGGAAUCAACAUUUUUAUGAAGUGUCACUAUUUGCCUCCACUUUGUAUUGUUCAGAAAUGGCAAAUGCAAUAUAAAAGUGAUAAAUACCUGGUUUUAAUGUAUUAAACUUUCAUCAUUUAUUUAGA